GUAAUGAACCACGUGGUCGUACCUCGAACGCCAACUUCCGGCCUACCACAACAGAAUAGAAGGGGUAACGGGCAGUUUAGAACUAGACAACCGCAGAGACGUCAGCCGAUGGCAGCACGAACACCGUUGCCAAUGCGACCGGCUCCAGAAGGAAGUCUUCCACCGCCACCUCCGCCACCACCAUCUAGGAACGCCCAGCAACCGAUCAAUCUCAUUGUCAUUCAGGAUGGACGAGUAAUUGAUCUGUCACCUCAACAACAACGAGAUCUCAGCCUUGUAAUCAGUGCCAUGACUUCCUCAACAGCUGAAACUAUGAUACGACGACGACGGGCACCCGUUCGACGAGCAGCACCGUUUCCCAAUUUCCGCGGAAUUCGUCGAUCAGUUUUCCGAUGA